AUGGCGGCGUCGCCGGCGUUAAAUUCAGUAAACGACCAAAUAUUCCCGCAAGUGGUGCACGGUUUCCUAGACACGAACCCGAUCAUCCGCGAGCAAACUGUCAAGUCGAUAGUGCACCUCGCGCCGAAACUUAACUACAACAACCUUAAUGUAGAGGUGUUGAAACACUUCGCGAGGUUACAGGCAAAGGACGACCAAGGAGGCAUAAGAACCAACACUACAGUCUGCCUGGGCAAGGUGGCAACUCACCUCCAUCCGCAGAUCCGGCAAAAGGUUCUAGUUUCGGCCUUCGUGAGGGCAACACGGGAUGCCUUCCCUCCCGCUAGACAGGCUGGAGUUCUCGCCCUAGCGGCCACCCAACAAUACUUCUUGCUGGUGGAAGUCGCCAAUAGGGUGCUGCCCGCCUUAUGUCCGCUCACUAAUGACCCCGAGAAACAGGUACGCGACGCAGCAUUUAGGACUAUAAAGGGAUUCCUUGGCAAAUUAGAAAAGGUGUCAGACGAUCCAAGCUUGAAGGAAGGAAUGGAAGCGGACGUGCACACGGCGACGCCAUCGCUCGGCAACGCGGCCGCUACGUGGGCCGGCUGGGCCGUCACCGCCGUCACGGCCAAGUUCUACCGUUCACACUCGGAUACGGCGCGAGUCUCGCACUCCGUUAAAUCGGCGCUGUCUAAACCCGGCUCGCUCGAGCAACCGUCGUCAAGCAGCCUCUCGACCACGACGUCAUCGGUGACUUCCAUGACGUCACUGGAGCGCAGCGAGUCCGCGUCAGACUACGAUCCGGAACACUGGGACAUGACGCAGUGGGGAGACAUAGACUCCAGUGCUGCAACAUGCGCGAGUGUAAAGUCUGAGCCUAGCAGCGUCAGCGCGCAUCAACACACGACUUUGGCGGCUCUCUGCGAAGACGAGUGGGGGAACGAUGAGUGGGGCACGCUGCAGGAACAACCGACCGCCGAAGAGGAACUGGCUAGUCCGUCUGAAACGUGGAGCAACACGCAAUGGACUGACCCCGCUCUCAACAAUGCGAACGCGACAUACGUGCGGGGAGCACGCGCCGAGCACCGGCCCGCCGCGCACCAGAACAGCGGCGACUCGCUCGGCGGCUGGGAGGACGGCGAGUUCGAGCCUAUUGAGGAGAACGUGGACGGUGAGUCACCUGAGCCCCGAUUACGGUAACUUUUAACGUUUCCAAUCCAGA